AUGGCUCAAAACCUAGCACCCAUCAGACAACCACCAUACGGCACUGCCCCUGAUUAUUUCUACUGGGGAAUUUUCGAGCAAUGGGCCAGAGAUAACCGACCAGACUGGACUCUACAGGGCAAAAAAUGGACAAGAGAGUGCCUGUGGUAUAGCAGCGACGAGAACGCUCAGCAGCGGUUCCGUGAUGCGCAGCGUGACAAGACCCGAGUGAUCCCCGAUUGGAAUGAAACAGUCGUUCCUGCCCAUCCUUAUACACAGCAAGAUCGAAAUACAGCAUAUAAUCAGUGGAAAAGCGACAAAAAUUGGAAUAGCAAUGGUAGUAAUCCAUUGGCGCCGCCGCCACCGCCGAACCAAGCGCCUGCGCCGCCGUACCCUAUGCCUGGCCUGUCGUUUUCAGGAGUAGCACCCGCAUCGCAGGACUCACAGCAAGAUCAAAGUCAGAGUCCGAUUGAAAACAAUGCCGCAACCGAUGGGGCUGAUGCAGAUGUGGAAUAUCCGUUUCCAUUUUGGCCCAGAAUUCCUUGGAACGAUACCCCUGUGGGACUAGCUCAGAAUCCAGCUACAUAUGGCCCUAGAGAUACGGAAUAUGCUGAAAUCGUGAGGAAAUGGUUAAGACAACUUCAUGAACCGGAUGAAUGGGAAACCAGGGGCAUGUGGAAGGGUAGUCAGUUGCUGGGACAAGGCUCCUUCGGUGCUGCAGGUCUAUGGGUCAGGAAUGACAAGAAUGGUAAUGUGGUAGAGAGUAUAGUUUGCAAGGAGGCUACGCUUGCCAAGAAGCAAAUGUACAAUCCGAUAGAAUGGCGACAACGACUACCUAGAGAGAUCUGCAUACAUCGAAUUAUAGACAACGCACGAGAAAAGGAUCCUCUUGGAUAUCGCAACUUGAUGAGGCACCGCGGUUACCGACUGAUGAUGUUCGACAAGAGAUAUAGGAUCUUCAUGGACUACCACGCUUUUGGAGAUCUGACAGAUAGUGUACAAGACCGACGCAGGUACAUGGAUGGCAAUUUGGGGCAAUGGAAUACUUCGAAACAUCCCCAAAAGGAGCGCCUUCCCGAAGGGUUCCUUUGGCAUGUGUUCCGCGAGCUCGUAAAGGCCGGACAAACAUUCCGCCAUGGGCACCAUGACAUCGAGAAGCGCGGAGAUUUUGAAGACUGGCGUCCACUAGUGCACCGUGACAUAGGCGCCCGAAAUGUGUUUGUGAGCGAACAGGAACCUGAGGACGAAUUCGAGAAUAAAGAUUAUCCCCGCAUCAUACUCGCCGAUUUUGGUCUCACUUUCUAUGACCUCACUACAGAUUUCACCGUCCCAUUCGACCAUAGAGAUAAUCCCGGAGAGUAUCGAAUUGUUUCGGGACAGAUCGAUAGAGGCGACCUGCGUUUCCCGCCGCUUCAUGAAUUAACCGACCUGUACUUCGAGCCUAUUUCCGAUAAAUGCGAUGUGUUUCAAAUCGGGGCCAUCAUAUACGAGUUGAUGGGCCAUCGAAUAAAUUCAUACGGGCCAUACUUUUAUAAGCGAAGACCCGGCCCAGAAUUCGAUGAUAAUAUUGCUUGGUGUGAGAACAACCCACCUGACCGAGAGGAACACCCAAUCUUCGCCGAGUACUCGGAGGCACUCUGGGAUCUUGUCAUGAAAUGCAUCAGCAUUAGGCCCGAAGACAGACCAAACAUUGAUAAAGUGCGGGAAGAACUGGAACAGGGCUGGGCACGUAUGAAAGAUUUCCUUGAGCUUGAAGAUAAUCAGUUCCGACUGGAUUUGUAUCGUCCUCCGAGGGCUUAG